AUGGAAAGUAAUAUUCAUUUAUCAAAUAGUGAUCAUGAAUUAGUGUUAGAUAAACGUGGUGCUAAUACUAAUACUAAUACAACUGUUAAUAAUACAAAUAGAUCAGUUUUAUUAAAACAUACAACCUCAUUACCAAGUGAAGAAGAUUCUAAUAUUGAUUUUAAUCAACAAAAUAAUCAAUAUCAUGAACAAUUUCAACGUGAUAGACCACAAUCAUUACGACCACGUAUGGUUACAAGAUCAUCGGUAAAUUAUCAUCAACAAUCAAAAUAUAAAUUACAAUCAAAUAGUGAACAACAACAUUUAAAUAAAAUCAAUAAAUCAUAUAAUAAUAAUAAUAAUAAUAAUAAUAAUAAUAAUUAUCCUAUUCUAACACCAUAUAAUACAAGAAAUAAUAGUAUUCAUCAAUCAAGUGAUUAUAUUCCAUUAUUACAUAGUGAUAAAUCCUUAGUAACAACACCACCACCAACAACCACCACCACCACCACCACCAUAGCAACAACAAUAACCAAUAUUCCAAUUGAUAAUAAUAUGGAUUCACAAUUAUUAUCUUCAUCAAUUAGUCCAGAAUUUAUGGGGAAUACAUCAAAAGAUACACAUAUUGAUGAUUUAUUAUUAACUAAUAAAAAAUUCAAUCGUACAAUUAAAUAUUUAGAUAAUACAAAAUUAAUAAGACGUGAAUCAAAAUCCUAUUCAACAACAAUAUCACCAAUACCAUUAAUUUCUUAUCAUCAAAAUGUAUUGCCAAAUCAUAUGGAUUUAUAUCCAAUGAUGAUGGAUAGAUAUAAUAAUAAUAAUAAUAAUAAUAAUAGUACAAUAAUCGAUAAAAAAUUCCCUAAUAAUAAUAAUAAUAAUGAUAAUAAUAAUAAUAAUCUAAUUAAAAAUAUAAAACAUAGAUUCAAUAUCAAUAAAACAUUGAAUACAACAAAAGCUCGUGUUGAAUUAGUUUUAAUAUUUGUUAAAGUUGGUCAAGUCGAUACAGUGAAUGAACGAUAUCAAGCAGAUAUAUUCCUUCAAGCAAGAUGGCGUGAACCAUUACUUGAUGCUAUGUGGAAUAAAUCUAGUUUAAAAUCAAAAACUAAUUGGCAAACAAAUCCUUCAAUUGAAAAUCCAUUUACAGAUUUAACUUCAAAACGACAAUUGAAUACAUUAAAGUUACAAGAUGAUGAAUUUUGGAAUCCUCGUUUAUUAAUUGAUAAUGCUGAAGGUGAACCAAUUGAAAUAGUUAGUCAUGAAGUAGAAUUUAUAGAACCAGAUUUUGAAGCAUAUCUUGUAGAGAAACGACGAAUUAAAGGUAUCUUUCAUGAAACAUUGGAAUUAAGACAUUUUCCAUUUGAUUGUCAGGAUCUAUCCGUUACAAUCACAUGUGAUCGUACAACAGAUGAAGUGGAAUUAGUUGCUUCACCAACAGAAGUUAGUCAAGUUGAUGUAAGAUGUGCAGCUGACAGUCAAGAAUGGAAAAUAUUUCAUCAUGUCGAUAUUAAAUCAAUAGAAAUUCAAACAGGUUAUAGUCCUGGUACAAGUAAACGUCGUCAUCCUGGUUUAGUAUUUACAAGUCGUUCAGCACGUCGUUCUGGUUAUUUUCUAGAUAAAGUUGUCCUGGUGAAUUUUUUCAUGCUUGUCAUUCUCACUGUAUGGCAUGCUAUAGCUCGUGCUGUAUCUGCUUCAAAGCCGAAAUUUUUAGAAUAUGAACAUUAUGUUAUGUACAGUCUACUCAGUUGUUAUUGUAUUGGUUCUGUGUUAUUUGGAUUAACGGUUUAUCUCGAUGCUGGUUCAAGAAGACGUUUAAUGAAACGUAAAGAUGCAGAAUUUAAUCAAUAUAAACAACAAAUUGAAGCACAAAAACAACAUCAUUCUAUAUUAAGUGUAUCAUUAGAAGAAUGGUUAAGUUCACCACAUAAUAGUAUUACAGAUAAUUUAUUAGAUAAAAAUGAUCCUUUAAUCAAUAAUUAUUAA